AUGCCUCUCCUUCAAACGGGCAUCCCCAUCCUGGUCGUGUGCCUGGCGCUACUGCCACAGGUCCACGCUUUCGGUGCUGGCAAUAUCGCAUCUAUUUCCGCCGUCGAGGGCAAGAACUGGCGCCAUGGCGAUAUCGAAGAUGUUCUCAAAACGAUCGCAUGCAUCGCGGGGCACAAAUGGACCUCUACCAUGAUCAAGCGCGUGUAUUUCGGAAACUGGUUACGCGAUUAUUCGCAAGCAAUGGAUGUCGGGACCCUGAAAAACCUCCAGGCCGAAACUAUCCGCAUCUUGGUGUGGGUCCUCUCGUUCCUGAGCUUCGGUUAUGCGACGGGGGAAUUUGAGGUCACGUCGGAGCGUCUUGGUGUUUACCGUCCUGAGGAGCAUAUCGACAAUCCCAAGGACUACGCUGAUAACGAAGAUGCGCGCCAGUAUGACGAGCGUCUGCGAGGGCCGAUUCGUCAGGUGGAGCUGGAUAUUGAUAUGGAAACUGGCAUGAAGAACUACAUCGCGAAUGAGAAAGGUGAUUGGGCAACCAGUGCUGCCUAUGUCAAGUACAGCUUGAGUCGCAGCAUCCACUACGGGCGCAUGUAUACCCAUGGUGGUGAGCGCAAGGGUAAUGAAGAGGAUCUCUGUGAGGCGCUGCGGUGUCUUGGACAGGGUCUUCACACACUUGAAGAUUUUGCAGCGCACACUAACUACUGUGAGCUGGCUCUACGAGAGAUGGGCUUUCAUAACGUCUUUACACACACCGGUACAGCUACCCAGAUCAAUGUCCGUGGGCAUCAUAUCUUUCCGCUGGUGACUGGAACCUUUGGCAUGGUCGACUUCUUCCACUCUGUCUUGGGUGAGGCUACCGAUCACUUCACCCAGUCAGAGGUCAAUGAGAUGGAUAUUGCCCUUGGUGAUGCAGAGAACAAUGCCCAUUCCAACAACUCCCUCAAUGCUCUUACCGGACUGCUUGGCAAGGUUCCAGGAACCAGAGAUCUAGUCCACGAGGCUGAGCAUUUGAGACAGCUCUCAGAUGCACAGGAAGUAACCAACCGCUCCCGAGGCUCACAUAUGGGCUAUGCGCAAACAAACGACUACCGUGGUAUGGACGAACAAUCUCGCGCCGGUCCAUCGCCCGGGCCCGGUCUCCAGGGCAUGCCUGAUUUCAACGCACAAGAGACGGUAAAAAAGAUUUACCCAAUCCUCGCCUUCCGAGACAAAGUUGUCCGGAAGUUAAACUCGGUCAUUGAAAAGGUGCCCGGCCUGGAAGCGAUCAUGGAAAAGAUCUCCGAAACACUGACCGUGUUCAUCAUGUCUUUGCUUGCACCAUUCGUGCGUCCUCUCAUCAACGCCGCCUCAAAGUCUCUGCAGACAGGUUCCUCGGGUGUCGUGGCCGCCUCUGGCAAGCACCAGUUCGAACCCUGGACCGAUCCCCACUGCACUGAUCCCACUCACUCCCUUCUCUCUAAAGACCACUUCGCAAACAUCUUGAACGAGCCCGCUGGUCAGGUCGCCUCCGUUAUCGUGAAGUACAUUGCCCCCCGGGUACUCUACGCCUGGCAGCACAUCAACAUUCCAGAGCACGAGGUGCUGGAUGAUUGCAUGCGUAUCUUCCAUCACCCGACCUUCCGAGACAUGAACAACGAAGCCCACCGCACGAUGUUCGAAGCCGUGCAGAAUUGGGUCCAUUCCCGUCCAGACCGUGGUUCCAACCUGAACGACGUUCUCAGUUCUGAAGGAGUCAGAGCAGGUCGCAACACCGGCGGUGUUCCGCACACUCAUGGCGGCGGUGGUGGCGGGUUUGCUGCGCUUGGUUCCCACGGCCAUGGCCAGAGUCAGGGCCAUAAUCAGGGCCAGAGUCAUUCCUCAGGUGGAUUUGGUGGAUUGACCUCAUUUUUCUCGCAGCAGCAGCAUUCUUCAAGCUCACAGCAGUCCCACGGUUCAUCUGGUAUGCCUUGGGAUAAGCUCUCUCACCUUCCUAUUCCUGGUAUGUCCAAUUUGAAUAAGCUGGAAAGUACCUUUUCCAAUUUCAUUCCAGGAGGUCUGUCACAUGGCUCCAGAGGGCUGGAAGAUGAGACUGGCAAUGGGACUGGGAUGCACCAGGAACAGCAAUAUCAUGAGCACAGCUCUGAUGGCCGUUCCGGAUACCAUGGCGGAGGAUAUUGA